AGCAAAGGAAUAGCCUGAGAUACAGCUGACAGAGCAACCCGGUUAGGACGGGGCAGGACAACAAGUGCAGGACACUCAGACACAGCAGCAUCUGUAACAGCCUCUGAAGUCCCCAAUGUGGGGAAUGAAGCCUGGAUCCCUGGGUAUUGUGCUCCUGCUAUUCAUCUUCCUGCAGACCAAAGAAGGGCUGACAGAAUGGACUCAAUGCAGGUUUGGGUUCACAGAAGAGAGAUACAUUUUUCUGGUGCCAAAGAAUGUGGAGCAGGGACAAGUCCUGGGCAAAGUGGGAAUGAAUGGGUGCGAUUCGCUGCCGGAGAUACGAUAUGUUUCUGAGGAUCCAGAUUUUAAAGUCCAGGAAGAUGGCAUAGUGUUGGCAAAGCAUCAUAUCAAGCUGCAUAAACCCAAAAGAAGCUUCCGUAUUGAUGCUUGGGAGGGCAGAGGUUUUAUUCAAUCUGCUGUUGUUACUUUGCAGAGAGAAAAUCACCACCAUAAAAAACAGCAGGAUCAUUCAGGGUCUGACAAUCAUGCUGAGCAUCUCCAUAAACCUAAACAUGGGUUAAAAAGACAGAAGAGAGACUGGGUCAUUCCUCCUAUCAAAGUUUCUGAGAAUCAAAGAGGUUCAUUUCCCCAAAAUAUAGUAAAUAUUAGGUCCAUUAGAGAUAAGGUGUUCUAUAGCAUCACUGGACAGGGAGCUGAUACCCCACCUGUUGGAGUUUUCACAAUGGAUAGGGAAACUGGUUGGCUUAAGGUGAACAAACCACUGGACAGAGAAGACAUUGAUAAGUACACUCUGUUAUCCUAUGCGGUGUCAAUAAAUGGAGAAAAAGUGGAAGGUCCUUUGGAGAUUAUCAUUGAAGUGAUUGAUCAGAAUGAUAACACCCCAGUGUUUACAGAGGUGGUAUUUGAAGGUUCUGUGUUUGAGGGAUCUCGACCAGGUACUCCUGUGAUGACGGUGACAGCAACCGAUGCUGAUUAUGCUACUAACGGCAUGGUCGCUUAUUCUAUUGUUGACCAGGAACCAAAGGAGCCUAGUAACCAGAUGUUCACAAUUAAUGCAGACACUGGACUUAUUAGUGUUAUUGCAACAGGGCUAGACCGAGAGAAAUAUCCAGAGUACACUUUGACUUUGAAAGCUGCAGAUAUGCAGGGUGUCGGGAAUGCUGCUACUGGAAAAGCCGUAAUCAAAGUUACAGACACCAAUGACAAUCCACCUAUAUUUAACCCAACAACUUAUACUGCAACUGUCCCGGAAAAUGAUGUGGGCUAUGAAGUUGAGCGCUUGACAUGCACAGAUGAAGAUACCGUGGGUUCGGAAGCCUGGAAAGCCGUGUAUAGGAUUAUAAGGGGAAACGAGGCAAACUUUUUUGCUGUCACAACAGUUGAAGACAACAACGGUCUUUUAAAAACCAUCAAGCCAUUGGAUUUUGAGCUGAAGAACCAGUACAUACUCUCUAUCACUGUGACAAAUGUUGCAAAUUUUUCGGUACCACUGACAACCUCUACUGCAACGGUAACUGUGAUGGUGCAGGAUGUUAAUGAAGCCCCUAUAUUUGACCCAGCGGUAAAAAGAAUAAAUGUUAAUGAGGAUCUGCCCAGUGGUCAAAUAGUUGCUUCCUAUACAGCUACGGACCCAGAUAAGACAAAUCAGAAUAUAACUUAUAGCAUUGGGAAUGACCCAGCCAACUGGCUUUCUGUGAACCCGAGGAAUAGAAUUAUUACAGGAAAUGGUCAAUUGGAUCGGGAAUCGCUGUUUGUGCAGAAUAGCACUUAUACAGCAAUAAUCAUAGCUACUGACAGUGGUGUUCCUCAAGCCACUGGUACCGGAACUCUCAUAGUUACCCUUCUUGAUGUGAAUGAUAACGCCCCAUUGUUGGAACCUGAAGUUGUUUUGUUUUGCCAGAAGAAUCCAGAACCUUUUAUCGUUGCCAUCAUUGACAAAGAUUUACCCCCAAAUACUGGCCCAUUUGUUUCAGAACUCUUGCGUGGUUCCCGUGAAAACUGGACAGCACAGGUGGUUGAAAACACCCUUCAGAUUUCCCCUUUAAAGAAUAUGGAUAUUGGUGAUUAUCCCAUUAACAUCAAAAUGAAAGACAACAUGGGGCUAGUGGCUGACAUAGAACUAAGUGCACGUGUGUGUUACUGUGAAGGAAGUGACAUCACCUGUGAUGAAAAAGCCAUUACAGUUGGAGGUCUGGGUGUUCCUGCCAGUGUAGGGAUCCUGGUGGGAAUCCUAGCAUUGCUAAAAUUGUUGUUGCUGCUCUUGCUGUUUAUGAGGUUCAAGAAGGUGGUGAAAGAACUUUUACUUCCCCCAGAAGAUGAGACCAGAGUGGACAGAGUUGCAGUAAUCUAGGCGGGAAAGGAUGAGAGAGUGGAUUAAAAUCUUAGUUGUGUCUUGUGGGAUGAGGUCCUGUCCAGGUAUUUCAGUAACGAACGCAUAGCACCAAUUAUUGAAGAAAGUGUUUCUUCUCGGAAUUAUUUUACCAGAUCCUCAUCUGAUAGACAUUUGGUGAGAGGCACAGACUAUAUAAGGGGAAGCCGCGGUCAUUUAAAUAUGGAUUUACACAAUACCGCCACAAUGCCCUAUCAGGAAGAAGGUGCCAGAAAGCACACUACCCCAUCAUCUACAAAGACCACCAACACAGAACCAUCACUACUAGUCAGCUGGUUUACAAAACUAAAACUUUUGACUCGCUGAUAAUUAACAGACUGUUGCCAUACAGUGCCUUUGUUCCUUAAUGGCAGUAUUAUGUAAGAAGCUAGUUCAUGGAUGUGCAGCUGUUACCUCUUCCACCUUCAACUUGCCCGACAUGGAGAACACCAAACUUUCCAACUGGCGUAUUUUUUUACAUUCUGCCAUUUGGUAGUUUUACAUACUAUGCACCAAAAUUUGUAAAACAAUAAAGGAAACCCUAUAUUUGAAAACCAGUGGUAUUCUUGCAAGAGACUAAGAUUAUUUUUUUAUUUUAUGCACUGCUUGUUGUCACUUGUCUUUCUUUUUUAGAUAUUUUUUUUUUUCUGUGUAGCCAUUUUUGCAGUUUUCAUACAUAAUCACAGAUUGUUACCUGCAUUAUUUCUACAUGGUUAUUUAAUUAUUGCAGUGCAAGAAACAAAUCAUUUAUUUUCACAUACUGUCAACUCCGGAUUACGCUUUUUACCAAAGGGUAAUUUUAUUUAAGGAUCAAUUGUAGGAGUUAUCAUUCCCUUUAAGAAGAUAUAACUAAUUAUACGUGUGCUCUACAUAUUAUUUUCCUCAUGCUUAAUAAUCAAACAUUUAAUUAUUUCUCUCUUUGUAAUCUUCUACUGAAGAUUGGUAAUACUUAAGGAAAAUGUGUUUAAACUUGCUAGAAUGACCAUUUAUAUGUUUAUAUAUAUCACUUUUUGUGUUACUGAAUUGUCUGCAAAUGGUUGCCUUUACCACUGAGCACUGUAAAGCCAGUGAGGAAUAAAAAUUUACUGUAUAACUA